AUGCCAACAUUAAAUGAAACUUAUGUAACCAAAGGAAGUUGGAGACCCAAUUUGUUUGAAGGGAAAGUAGUAUUUGUAACAGGAGGAGCUGGAUCAAUAUGUAGAGUACAAACUGAAGCUAUGGUUUUAUUAGGUGCAAAUGCGGCCAUUGUUGGAAGAAAUAAACAAAAGACGGAUGAAGCUGCGAAAGACAUUCAAUCUUUAAGAAAAGGGUCAAAAGUUGUUUCAUUACCAGAUGUUGAUGUAAGAGAUGUUAAACAAUUAGCUGAAGCAGUUAAAAAAACAGUUGCUGAAUUAGGUAGAAUAGAUUUUGUAAUCGCAGGAGCUGCUGGAAACUUUUUAGCAGAUUUUAAUCAUUUAUCAUCAAAUGCUUUUAAAUCAGUUGUUUCAAUAGAUUUAUUGGGUUCUUAUAAUACGGUUAAAGCAUGUUUUGAAGAAUUAAGAAAGAAUAAAGGUGCUAUAAUUUUCGUAAGUGCUACUUUACAUUACUAUGGUGUUCCAUUUCAAAUUCAUGUAGGAGCUGCAAAAGCUGGUGUUGAUGCAUUAUCAAAUGCCUUAGCUGUUGAGUUUGGUCCAAUUGGUGUUAGAUCAAAUUGUAUUGCACCAGGACCAAUUGAAGGCACUGAAGGUAUGUCAAGGUUGGCACCAAAGGGUUUAGAGUCCGUCAAGUCAAAAAUUCCAUUACAAAGGUUGGGAACAAAACAAGAUAUUGCUGAUGCAACCGUAUAUUUAUUCUCACCAGCUGCAGAAUUUGUUACAGGAGAUGUAUUAGUUGUUGAUGGAGGUUCAUGGCAAGUUUCCCAAGGUGCUGGCUCACAAGAUUAUCCUGUAACCUUAAAGAAAGCUUUGGCAGCUCCUGGUGCCAAAUUAUAG